UCCAGAAUGCGCAGCGCCGUUGUGGUCGUCCUCCUGGUGGCGUUGGCUGUGAGCCUUCAGCUGACACUCGCCGACAACUUACAGUACCCAGAGCGUGAGGCGGUGUCCGAGUUGGCGGCGCGGAUCCUGUUAGUGGCUCAGGGACCCUCGGCCUUCGUCGCGGGCCCUCACAAGCGCAACUCGGAGCUGAUCAACUCCCUCCUGGGGAUCCCCAAGGUCAUGAACGACGCCGGAAGGAGAUGAAAAGAAAAUCUAUUGACUUUUUGAACACCCUGGCCAUGACGACGCCGACGUCAUCCACACAUUGUGCUCAUCAAAUAUAUCCUCCUUGAUUAAAUAAAUGUUGCAACAUUAA